CAUCGCCUUUUCCGCAGCCUCCAGAGCCUCGAUGCGAAUACGUGUGCGGGAAAAGUUGAAAAGAACAAACCGAUUUCUUGGCUGGUACGGUGCACGGAUAUCGUAACAGCCCUGGCGGUCAUCGGCCGCGAGUGUAGUGUCGCGGCCGGCCAGAUGGAUAAGCCCAAGUCCACCGCGCAACGCGCCACCGUAUCCGGCGGUGGAGGUCGCGACAAACCGGACAAACAGCCACGCAAGGACAGGAAGGAUAAGGGCAAGUCGAGCGGUUCGGGAAAGCGCAACAAAAAGAACAAGAAGGAUGCCCCGCCACCGAUGACCCGGGUGGUUGUUCGCCGGCUGCCACCGACCAUGACGGAGGCGGCAUUUUGCGAGCAAAUAUCGACGGACGGUCAGAUGCCGAACAAUGACGAGUUUUACUAUGUGGGACCGGACUGGACGCUGGGACAGAAUGCAUCCUGCCGGGCGUACAUAAACUUUACCAAUCCGGAAGAUGUCUUCCGGUUUACGGAUAGCUACGAUGGUUACACGUUUGUCGACAGCAAGGGUAUGGAAUAUCAGGCCGUGGUGGAGUAUGCACCGUUCCAGAAGCUGCCGAAAACACGGUCCCGCAAGAAGGAUCCGAAAUGUAAUACGAUCGAAACCGAUACCCACUUCCUGGCGUUUAAGGAAGCGUUAGAAGCGGAAGAGCAGGAAGCGUUGCAUGGUCGGGGAACGCAAGAGUUCAGCUUUAAGAUAGAGAAAGGGGAGAAAACCACGACAACACCUUUGCUAGAAUUCCUCGCACAACGGAGGCAAGAGAAGCGCGACGAAAAGCGUCGCAAGCAGGAGGAAAAACGUCGUAUGCGUGACGAGGAACGGCACAUGCGAAAGACGCAGAUAGCUAGGUCCAUACCGGACGCUAUCCGCGAAGAGGUGAUUACGGAAAUUAUGGAACGAGCCGUGUUGCCACGUUUAAAUUCGGCUCAAAAUGUGUCCAAACCGAUGGGAACUUUCGCCGGUAAAACUGAUGGUGGAGCGGAUGGAGGAAAGUUGAAGGACGAGAAGGAUAAAAAGUCAAAGAAUAAGAAGGAUAAGGAGCGUAAUCGCGAUAGGAAGGGUGAGGAGGCGAAAGUGCCGCCGGAAAGUGGAAAAGUGGAUGGAGGCGAUAAAAAUGGCGGCAAUCGAAAACAAGAUCGUGAUAAGGCGGCUAAAAAGGGGAAAGACAAACAGGGUAAAGAUGAUCCCCGUUUCCGAGAACAGAACCAACAGCAACAACAGAAAGGCGAACGGAAUGAAAAGUCGAAAAAGGACAAACCACCGGCAUCAGGUCACCCGUCCGGUGGCACCAGUGAUGCCACCCAACCAUCAACGUCCUCCACCAAGAAGGAGGUAAAGAAGUACAGUGAGCGACGCAAGGAAACGCGUGCCCGGGCGGAAACUCGGUUCGCCGAGCAGGACACCCGGAACGAGCCCGAUUCGAAGGACACCUGUCCACCAGCUACCGAUAAGGUGGUGGAAGUGAAGAAAAGCAUACUGACCGCCAACGUACCUCCUUUCGUAUCGAAGGAGAAAACGACCAUCCUGCUGGCUGGGCACGCGUCAACGGUAACCAACAUUCCCGUCGAUCACAGUCUGAUUGAAAAGAUGGCAAAAAUUACCAUUGAAAAGCGACCAACCGAAACGCCAGCAGACAAUGGUAAAGCGUCACCCUCACCGGAGGACGGUGCAGCACCGGGGCCAAAGCAAAAACUGUCCGAAAAGCAACGUGAAAUGCGUGAGGCACGGAAAAUUCGCAACAAAGAUCGUCCAUCGAUCGAGAUCUAUCAACCGCGCAAGCGGAUAGUGUCCGGUACGGGCAAAAGUGAGGACGAUCGUGGCCGGAGCGAUUCCGACCGUCCGUCGGACAAUGUGUCCGCUUCGGCUUCGGCUGGCCCGGUGGUUGAGGAUGAAGCGAAGGAGCGGCGCCAUAAGCUUACGAAGAAAGCAUCCGACCGGCAGCAGCGUGAACGCAAGAAUGGAAGAAAGAACUCGAUCGAGGCGGAGCCGACGGUUGGCGGAGUUCUGUAG